CGGAGGUUACGCGUUGUUCGUCAUCUCUCAUCGUCCACAACUACAACACCUUCACAAUGGCGGAGAACAAGAGCGACCAGAAGCAGGAGGAGACCAAGGCCGUUGCCGCGCCACCAGAGAAGAAGAAUCUUCCGCAGCUCGGCGCGCUGGAGGAUGACGACGAGUUCGAGUUCCCCGCUGCGACCGACACCACGACCGUUGCGGACACGUUAACGGCCAACCCGACUGAGCAGUUGUGGGAGGACAACUGGGAUGACGACGACGUGGAGGACGAUUUCCAGAAGCAGCUCCGCCAGGCGAUUGCUGAGCGUGCGGGUGGGGAUGCCGAGAUGAAAGAUUAGAGCUGAGACGUAUGCGCAACGUAUGCGCACCUUGCGACACUCGGGUGCUCUAGAGGCGGUCGUAGGGCGAUGUAGAUGGUACCUAGACAAUGUAAUCACUGCAACAGCUGGAGCAGGCGCGGUGGUAUUCGCAGCCCCGCUGGCCAGUAGGUACCGGGGGAAACAGCUUCGAUCAGUUGUGCGCUCCUCCAGGUCUUUGUGCGCUGGGAAUCUGUUGAAG